UUGUCUGGAGUUCCACCAGAGUCGCGAUACAAUUGUGUUUACACAGUAGUUUUCCUUCCCUCAAAUUGUUGAAUAACACAAUUCUCGUGGCGAAGAGGCGGAAAUUUGUUGUGUGAAUCGCGAAGAUGGGUCAGCAGCUUCUGUAGGGCGCUUCUUGCCGGCAUCAUCUGGGCACGUUGCCACGUAAUGCGAAGAUUGCUGGGCAUCCUUAUCGAUUGAUUGGCGCUCGUGAAAAUUGCUUAUCUUCUCUCUUCUCACCUGAGGCGCAAGAGAAGCCCUCGAGAUGCGUAUUCGCAAGCGCUUCGCCGUCUUGUUCUCCAGCGCCAUGCUGGUGUUCUUCCUCUUCCUCUACGUGCUGAUCAACUACGCCAUUCCCAGCGAUAAGCCGAAGUCGAUGUUCGUGAUCGAGAACAAGCUGAAAGAGCUGCAGCACAAUCUCAACAAGCACGCGGAGGAGUUCGACGAGAUCAAGAAGCAGAUUGACAAUCUGCAAACGAACCAGGAGCGCAGCCAGGAGCAGCAGCUGGACGGCAACGACCUGGUGAAGGAUUCCAUCAUCAAUGCCGGCCAGUGGGCGGCUGACGAUGGCGCCGAGUGCAGCAAGUGGGGCGCCGUGCCGCGCCCCGACGUGCAGAUGCUGCGCGUGUACCGCGAGAUGGAAUUCGACAAUCCCAACGGCGGCCCGUGGACGCAGGGCUGGCGCGUGGAGUACGAUCCGCACCACUGGAACAGCCACCAUCAGCUGAAGGUGUUCGUGGUGCCGCAUUCGCACAACGACCCUGGCUGGAUCAAAACCUUCGACACGUACUACGAACACGACACGAAGCCCAUCCUCACCAACAUGCUGCGCCACUUGGAGAUGCACGAGGAGCUGAAGUUCAUCUGGGCGGAGAUCUCCUACUUCUCCAAGUGGUAUGACGAGCUCCACGCGGACGCUAAGACGAAGGUGAAGCGCCUCGUGCAGCGGAAGCAACUGGAGUUCGUGACUGGCGGCUGGGUGAUGAAUGACGAGGCCAAUUCGCACUGGGUUUCCAUUCUGCAGCAACUCAAUGAGGGAUUGGCGUGGCUAAAAGUGAAUCUGAAUGUGACUCCAAUCUCCUCCUGGGCCAUCGAUCCCUUCGGACACACGCCCACGAUGCCGUAUCUGCUCAAGGGAUCGGGCAUGAAGCAUCUUCUCAUCCAACGCACACACUACUCCGUGAAGAAGCGAAUGGCGAAGAACAAGGACCUGGAAUUCCGAUGGCGACAAAUUUGGGAUAGCAACGGAGACACAGAACUGAUGACUCACAUGAUGCCCUUCUACUCUUACGACGUGCCGCACACUUGCGGUCCAGAUCCGAAGAUCUGUUGCCAGUUCGAUUUCAAGCGUCUGCCAGGAUAUGGACUCACGUGUCCGUGGCGAAUCGCUCCGCAGCCGAUUGAGGAUGUGAAUGUGGCGAAGAAGGCGGAACUGAUUGUGGAUCAGUGGAGGAAGAAAUCGGUGCUGUACAGAACGAGAUCCGUUCUCAUUCCGCUUGGCGAUGACUUCCGAUACAGUCAGAGCACGGAAUGGGAGGCGCAGCGUGUGAACUACAUGAAGCUCUUUGACUAUAUCAAUAAUGAGCCAAGUCUUCAUUGUCACGCGAAAUUCGCCACUCUCACUGAGUACUUCGAAUCGGUGGCGAAGGAGAAGAGUUUCAGUGAGUUUCCCUCCCUUUCUGGGGACUUCUUCACGUAUGCCGACAAGGAUGACAACUACUGGAGUGGCUACUUCACCUCUCGACCCUUCCACAAGCGUCUGGAUCGUGUCCUGAUGACCUUCUUGCGCUCCGCCGAGAUGCUCCACGCGUGGACAACGUGGGAGAGUGAAGCGGGCUUUGACGAUCUCCUGACAAACAGUCGCAGAGCUCUGUCACUCUUCCAGCAUCACGAUGGCAUCACGGGCACAGCCAAGGAUCACGUGAUGAAGGAUUAUGCCGCCAGGAUGAUUGAUGCUCUGCGCGCCGCGAAAUUCAUCAUUCAGCAGGCAGUUUACAGACUGCUGACGAAGCCCUCAAUCUACCAGCCGGACUACAAGUUCACCUACCUGAACAUUGACGACUCGCGAUCGCCGAGUCCGGACGAGAACAGACCAACAAUCAUCAUUGGCGAUGAGAUUCCCUUCAAGUACGUCGUGCUGCACAAUUCCCUGCCGCAGGCGCGUGCGGAAUUGGUGGAGUUCCUCAUCGCCAGGCCAUUUGUUAGCGUCACGGAUUCCGAUAAGAACAUCGUGGCGGCACAAGUGAGCCCAGUGUGGUCGUGGCAUCGUGGAGGAUUCAGCGCUUACUCUCCUCAGGCGUCCACGACGAAGUAUCGACUGACAUUCAAGGCGAUCGUGCCACCGAUGGGACUCAAAGUCUACAAAAUUCACGCCACAAAUUCGGCGGCGGAGAGUCGUGGAGUUUCUUUCGCAAAGAUCACCAUUAUGACUCACACGCCGUUCUCACUCAACAUGGGCGAUUAUCCCAAUCAGAUUGAGUUCACGACGCCCAAGGAGGUUUCCUUGCACACGGAAAACGGCGCCGGCGUGGCAUUUAGCAAUCAGGGUCUUCUGAAAUCCAUGACAAUCGACUCCAACUCGCCUACAAUGCCGGUUCACAUGGAGUUCCUGAAGUAUGGCGUGAAGAAGGGUCCAGAUCGCAGUGGAGCGUAUCUCUUCAUGCCAGACGGACCGGCAGUGCCGCUACUGCUGGGAAAUCUCACGACGCUGCUGAGUCGAGGAGAGCUGGAGUCAAGUGUGUCCACAGGACUGCCGUUCGCCAUUCACGAGUACAUCAUGCGCGAUGAUGGGCUGGAGAUGAGGAAUUUGGUGGACAUUGGCGGCAUGGAGAACACGGAGAUCGUCAUGAGAUUGUCCACGCCAAUUAAGAAUGAGGACUUUUUCUACACAGACUUGAAUGGAUUCCAGGUGAUCAAGCGUGAGAGAUUCAGCAAGAUUCCCAUUCAGGCCAAUUACUAUCCUGUGCCGAGUUCUGUGUUCAUUGAGGAUGACACUUUCCGUUUGACUCUGCUUACGGCGCAACCUUUGGGCGGAUCGUCGCUGAAGAGUGGUCAGGUGGAGAUUAUGCAGGACAGGCGGCUGAAUCAGGAUGACAAUCGUGGACUGGGACAAGGAGUGUUGGACAAUCAGCCGGUGACGAACAUCUUCAGGCUAAUUCUCGAGCUGCGGGAGUCCUGUGACACUCUCGAUGCCGAGCAUCCGUCGGGAUUUCUCACCACGAAUGCACACUGGCAGCUGAUGACGCUCACGUAUCCCGUGGAGAAGUUGGUCUUCCAUGAGAACGAUUGGGUGGGAAUGCUGCCGAGCUUUGGGGAGAAUCACGAGCCAGUGGAGAAGGGAAUCGAGGUAGGCAUCUUCAGGCAUCUGCCGCACUUGGCGCCAUCCAAGGUGACCAGAAAGACGCCCCUCGGUAUCGUCGUGAGGCGCAAUCAAGUGGAGAAGUGCAGCACGGAUCCUAACUUCGAGGGCGUCGUGAACAUUAGGCGAAUGCUGAGUCUCGAUGACGGCAAGGAUAUUUACGCGUCGCAGUUUACGCUGAUCAAGAAGGAGGCUGUAGUGCCGUCAGAUGAAAUCCGCCUGUGCCCAAUGGAAGUGAAAGCCUUCAUCAUUGCCAGAUAAAAUCGACCU